AUGUUAAAUCUCCGCCCCUACAAUUGGCCUGAUUACAUUCUUCGCCUACUGUCGGUUGCUUCUAUCGACACGAAAACAGUUACGAACACACAAAUUGUCCUUCCCGUUGUAUACUUUUUAGAACCUUCAGCACCCGUACUUUCUUACACUUUCCUUGUGAGUGUUAGAGCGAUAUUAUGCCAUGUCGGGCCAGAUAUUAACAGACAUCCACUAUUGGAGUCACUUCAACACGCUGAACAAGCACAAAAAGUUGCUAAUUCCCCAAGAUCGCAAGAGAGAGUCCUCCAGCUUGUAACCUUGUACCCGUAUUCUCAAAUCUGUACCCCCACGAAAUCUAUCGCAAUUGCCCGACGAAAUCGAGGAAAGCGGUUAUCUCACGUCAUCUUGAAUAAAACGGACGAUUUUAUAUUUGAUGACAGGCUUUCUCCAAUACAUCAUCUCGUUCGAGAAAAACUUCGUUGGGGGCUCCCUAUUCCCGAUAGCCUUAGGCCUGCGGGGCUAGAGGGCCACUCUCGGGAACGUAGGUUGGUUGGGUGGGGUAAUUGGUUGGCACUGAAGAGCGAAUAUAAUACUUACAAGGAACAGGUAUUAGACUUCUUUCCACUCAACUACUUUCUGGGAGUUACACACCACAGCAAAAUUUCCCUUCAGACGAAGGCCUCCGCGGCCAAGUGCCUCAACAUUGAAAAAAUCCUUCGUUUUGUGGUUCCGAUUAUUCAACAACCUGGCACAGCUACAUAUAACCCAAAUGAUAACCCUUCGCCGGCUGAUAGGCCGAAUAGAAGAAGCCGCUCGCUUCACGUUGAAAUCAGGAAGGUUCUUACGAAUCGGCAUAGCUCUAGGGCAAUAUGCAAUGAGACUGAACAAUCCUCUCGCUCUCCAUGCUCAGUACUGAUUCAAGAAUCUAGAUGCUGUGAACCGGGGAGUAGCGCUGGCAUCUUCGAACCCGCGACAGACGUUGGGCUGCGCUAUAACACCGUUGUUCCCGAGUAUCACUAUCUUACUAGAUGCUCUAACCAUGGCUCUCAUUUCCCACACCCGCACGGCCCGAUGAAGCCACUUCCUAUGAAUGUGCGCUGUUAUUCACUAAGUCCGAAUUUGGAAUUUCUCCAUGAAUGUCAGGUUGCUAGGCAUUUUUAA